AUGCAUAGAAACAGACGUGCAGGUUCUACCAAAUCAAGUUCGACCACUUUUAUUAUUGAGGAUGAUAUGGUGUGUAUCUGCCGGUGUGGAUUUGAGGCUGAAACGAUUGUUUGCUGGUUUGAUGAAAAUGCAGGGAGGAGGUUAUAUGUGUGUUGUAGAGAGAAGUAUGGUGAUGGCUGUGGUUGGAAGGCUUGGAAGGACCCAAAAAUGUCUGAGCAUGCCAAACAUGUCAUAUGUCGAUUGUUGAGACGAAUCAACUCAUUGGAAGAGAAAAUAGCUAACGACAAGAAGAUUGCGCAAGAGUUAAGAGAUAGAGAGAAAAAAUUUUGA